GUGUAACAUUUAUAGAAGACUUGUAGUGUUCGGACGAGGCGGAGUUGGAAAACUAUGAGUAUAAAGGAGCAUCAAGACUUGGAAAUUUUACAAGAAACUGUCACUCAGGACUUUAGCUUCCUUGAAGAAGAUGAACUUGAAACCUUGGUUUCGAAAGAGACACUUUCGACCUCCUUGGAUAAACAUGAGCUAGAUGACAAUGUACAAGCAAAUACAAGCUUGGGAGAAUAUACUGGUAUAACUGCUAUGGAAACUGCAGAACUAGAGUUUGAAGAGGACGACGAGGAUUUUGUUGAGGAAGAUAUUCCAGCACAGUUGCCACGUUAUGCUUGUUCUUACUGCGGUAUACAUGACCCUGCCUGUAUGGUGAAAGACGUUAGAGACGGCAAGUGGUUUUGUAACGCAAGACUUGGAACACCUGGUUCUCAUAUUAUCAUGCACCUCGUUCGAACGAGGCAUAAGGAAGUUUGUUUGCACGAGGAAAAUCCGCUUGGGGAGACAGUCUUAGAGUGUUACAAUUGUGGCACUCGAAAUGUAUUUCUUUUGGGCUUUGUUCCUGCACAGGGAGACUCCGUUGUGGUUCUUUUAUGUAGGGAACCCUGUUUGCACUCUCUGGCCAAGAAAGAUGUCGGUUGGGAGUUGGAACAGUGGCAACCACUGAUAGAAGAUCGUCAGUUUUUAUCUUGGCUCGUACGCAUUCCAACCGAAAAAGAGUUAAACAGAGCCCGUCACAUUUCGACUGAACAAGUAAAUAAACUCGAGGAACUAUGGAAAACGAACCCGAGUGCGAGUCUGGAAGACCUUGAAAGAGGUGUCAUCGGUGAAGAACCCCAACCAGUGUUACUGCGUUACAACGAUGGUUUCCAUUAUCAGGCCAUAUUUAGUCCUUUGGUGAAGUUAGAAGCGGAUAACGAUAUGAAGAUCAAGGCAGAACAGUCACGUCCUGGUAUUUCCGUUCGUUGGGACGUAGGUUUGAACAAGAAACUUAUUGCAUUUUUUAUAAUGCCACAGGUUGCUGAGGGAGAUUUGAAAAUUCUGGUUGGUGAUGAGUUGCGUUUAAAGCACCCUGCGAGUAAUUGGGAAUGCACUGGACAUGUAAAAGGGUUCACCGCAAAUGAAGAGAUUGCGCUUGAGCUGAGAAGUGGCAAAGCAAGCUCGAGCGCUCCUCGUGAUUGUCACAAAGAUUUUAGUGUCGAGGUUAUUUGGAAGUCGACAACUUUCGAUCGGAUGCAAAAGGCACUGCAGGCAUUUGCAGUAGAUGAAACAUCUGUUUCAGGCUACAUUUAUCACAGAAUACUGGGUCAUGAAGUCAACAGACAGACAAUUCACUUAUUCAAACAUCCAAACAAUCUGAAUGCUCCUGGACUUCCGGAGCUGAAUCCUUCACAGAAAGCAGCAGUUAAAGCUGCAUUAGAAUCACCUUUGUCACUUGUUCAGGGUCCUCCUGGUACUGGUAAGACAGUUACAUCGGCAACCAUAGUCUAUCAUUUGGCGAAUAAUGUAAAGAAUAUAACGCAGAGACAAAAAACUCGUAAAUGUAGCCGACAAAUUCUUGUUUGUGCUCCAAGUAAUAUUGCAGUUGAUCAAUUGGCUGAAAAAAUUAGUUGUACUGGUCUUAAUGUUGUUCGUCUCUGCGCAAAGUCAAGGGAAGCAGUGUCGUCUAGUGUGGAUCAUCUCACUCUACAUCAAAAACUUCGAAAUCGAAGUUCCAAUAAUCCUAAUGCUACAGAGUUGGUCAAGUUGAUUCAGUUGCACGAAGAAUUGGGAGAACUAAAUGAACGAGAUGAUAAGCGAUUGCGAACUUUAAAGAGAAAUUUUGAAAGAGAAAUACUGGAGUCGAUGGAUGUUAUUUGUUGCACUUGUACGACCGCAGGUGAUCGAAGAAUUGCCCAUUUUAGAUUUCGUGCUGUACUUAUUGAUGAAGCUACGCAAGCUACAGAGCCGGAAUCUUUGUUGCCACUCAUACAUGGAUGUAAACAAGUUGUGUUUGUUGGUGACCAUUGCCAACUUGGUCCUGUAGUUACUUCAAAGACUGCAGCUAAAGCAGGUUUUGGUCAAUCAUUAUUUGAAAGAUUGGUAGCUUUGGGUAUUCGUCCACUUCGACUUACAAUUCAAUAUCGUAUGCAUCCAAGUUUAACAGAAUUUCCUUCAAAUAUGUUUUAUGAAGGGAGUUUACAGAAUGGCAUUACAGCUGCAGAAAGAAAACCUUCAAGUGUUAGUUUCCCUUGGCCUGUUGCAGCAAAGCCUUUCUUUUUCUAUGUGCAGACUGGUCCUGAAGAAGUUUCUGCAUCAGGUACAUCAUUUCUCAAUCGUGUAGAAGCGGAUGCCGUCGAGAAGAUUGUUUCCCACUUUUUAAAGAAUGGAGUCGAUCCUCAAAGAAUUGGAGUCAUUACUCCCUAUGAAGGUCAAAGAGCAUUUAUUGUGCAACAUUUUCUUCGAUCUGGUACAAUGAGAUUGGAACUUUAUAAGGAAAUUGAGGUCGCCUCAGUUGAUGCUUUUCAAGGAAGGGAGAAGGACUUUAUUAUUCUAAGUUGCGUUCGUUCGAAUGAGCAUCAAGGCAUUGGCUUUCUUUCGGAUCCACGUCGUUUAAAUGUUGCCCUAACAAGAGCAAGGUUUGGCCUGAUUAUUCUAGGGAAUCCCAAAGUUUUAGCGAAGAAGUGGUUGUGGGCGUGCCUAUUGCAGCACUGUAAAGAGAACGAUGUUCUUGUGGAAGGUAGCCUUUCUAGAUUGAAGACGUCCCUGGUUCAGUUUCCGAGGCCGAGGAAACUUCAAGGAUUGGAUGGAAGUCGUAUGAAUAUUAUGCAGUUGUCCUUACCAACAUUGUCAGUACCAGACGGUCCUUUGAGUUUUUCCAACUUUCUUCCCUUUAGAUCGAAUGGAUUUGGACAGCACAUUAUGCCCAUAAGGCAACAAGAAUCUGUAGAAGAUUCACAGCCCAUUAACAAUGUACAAGUUGCUGGACAGUUGAAGUCGGCGAGAAAUUAUAGUACUAAUUCAGGUUUUCACUCACCGUUUAUAACUUCCUUCUCGCAAAGUUUUGCUGAGGGCCUGGUUUUAGAAGAUUACGGUCAGUUUGCACCGGGUUGGAAAUAGGAGAAGAAAUGGAAGCACUUGAAUUUACUCCUUUGUAGAGAAAAUGUCACCUUUGGAUAGCUUUCUCUUGAAUGGUUGCUACCCUAUUUGAAGGGUCCUAUUGUAUAAGCAUUUUGACCAACGCUGGGUAUUAUAAGAAUUUGUGUUUGCAGAGAGAAGAGUUGAUCAGAAGAUACUUUGGAGCUAAAAUUAGCAUUCCUGUUUCUAUUGUUUGACGUAUAGUUAGUCGAUUGCCGACAAAAUAUAUAAGCACGAUGAUGAAAUGAAUAUUUCCGUUGUAUGCUUUCAAAAUAGUUGACAUUGCAUUUGUUUUGUGAUCACAGAAAAUCUGCUUAGACCCAACAUUUGAAUAAAUUCUAUUUUUUUGUUCUUAUUUGGAAUAUGAUAGCUUUUCUUGUAGGACAGCCAAAGGGCUAUUGUUCAUAUACGAAGAAAUAUAAACAUGAGCUUACAGGU